UCACGAUGGUCAUCAGCUCAUUUUUAGUGGGUAAUAUGUAAAAUUGCCUAGAGUACACAUAUAUGAAUCAUGACUGAUUUACAUUUCUCGUCAGGUGUUGUGCAAAGACCGAGAAGCCUUUGCGUCAUUAGCACCUGCUGAAUAAAUCAUGAAGGCAUGUUCUUCCGCAUGUUAUAUUGACAGGUGGAAGCGAAACCAAAGAACAGAAACUGUCAUAGGCUAACAAAGAACAGAAACUCAAAACUAACAAACAACUCAAAGACGAACUGCAGAUUUUGCUGGACCUAAACAACAUUCUUUGUCAGCCACAUUCCUAGAUCAGGAUGUCUGUGCAGUUCUCUGGAUGGGAGGUGGUCGAUGAUGGGGCCUCCUUUUCUGGUGUGCUAUUAGAACCCUCACAGAAACCUCAAAACCAAGGCGUCUACACCAUGUUCCAUGGGACCAGCAUUGCCAGUGCACGGCGCAUUAUCGCUAGUGGUUUUAAACAAUCGUUAGGUGGAAUGCUGGGGAAGGGUGUGUAUGUUAGCCGUGAUAAGAAAAAGGCGGCUAAUUAUCCACUAAAAAGUAACCCUUCUGACCGGGUGAUCCUUGAGCUGCGAGUCCGUGUUGGCCGUGUCAAACGUAUUGAUAAAGAUAAACAUCCGUUUCAGUUCACCUGGAGCACGCAGGGCUAUGACACUGCUUGGGUGCCUCCCAAAUGUGGCAUGAAGUCUGUGCCCAGUGGUCUAGAGGAAGACUGCGUGUUUGAUCCCAAAAGAGUGACAGUGGUGGGCAUUGCAAAAGCACCAAAUCCCACCAUACAGAAGGAACUGCAGCAGCUUCUAGAAAAAAAAGACAAGAAACCCACAGGAGGAGCUGGGGGUAGUACAGAUGUGUGUUCCUUGUGCAACAGAGUGACUCAGCAGGGUUCUCCUCACAUUAAGCAGCUGUGCUGGAAGUGUGGUAAAGACAUCUGUAUACUCAUGUCCAAGCACUUCUGUCCAUACAGGAUGUCACUGCAGUUUCAUGGCUGGGAGGUAACCUAUGAUGAUGACUCUCCUCGUCUGGAACUGGGAGCCUCACAGGAGCCCAAAAAUCGGGGGGUUUACAUCAUGUACCAUGGCACAAGUGUUGUCAAUGCACGUCACAUCAUUGCCAAUGGUUUUCAGCAGUCAUCAAGUGGCAUGCUAGGGAAGGGUGUGUAUGUAAGCCGGGACAAGAAUAAGGCAGAACGGUAUCCACUGAGCAGCAACCCUUCAGAUCGUGUAGUACUAGAGCUGCAUGUUCGUGUUGGUCGUGUCAAACGUAUUGACCAGGAUAACCAUCCAAUGCAGUACACCUGGAGCACACAGGGCUAUGACACUGCUUGGGUGCCCCCAAAUUGUGGCAUGAAAGCUGUACCCAGUGGCCUAGAAGAGGAUUGUGUGUUUGAUCCAAAAAGAGUGAAGGUAGUGGGCAUUGCAAAGGCCCCAGACAAUGCACUGACGGAGCUUAAACAGCUUGUAGCCAACAGUCUCAAAAACCCAAGUGGAGCAGCAUCAUAUGCUGAUGUUGCUGUGGUCGUGUGUUCACUGUGCAAUAGAAAGGAGAAGCAAGGUUCUCCACAUCUGCGGCAGCCAUGCUGGGGAUGUGGGCAAAACAUCUGCACACUCAUGACCAAGCAUAUCUGUUCAGCUAGAGUGUAAGAAAUUGUAAUGGUCUGAAAAUUUGUACCACUAGGACAAAGAUCCACUUCCAUGUGACUAGGCAGUGUGAAAGGAAAAUCUCAGGAUAUUCUCUGGAAACAGGGCUAAAAGUUCAUCUAUGCAGUAUGUUAAACUAGUUACUGUCUUGAAGAUCUCUGUAAAGUUUUUUUAAGAGCUAAAAUGAUGAAAGAUCAAAUGAAAUGUCAUUUAUUCUUGAGUAUGAUUUUUUUAUCAGCAUGUGCUAUUGUUAUGUGCAAUCAAGAUUACACAAUCUUUCUACUGAGUAAAAUGUUUUUAUUUAUGCCAUAAUGUGGACCUGAUUACAUUAAAUUUUGAAAUAU